GACCAAACAUAUGCUUUUAUUUUUGAUAUACGAUGCUUCAACCGGAAGAAGUUUUUACGUGACUCGAAAAAACUUCACAUGCAUUAGCCAGCUGGAUGGGAGGAAAGGGAGUCGGGCAAAGACAAACAUGAACAAGCUGAAGUCCUCACAAAAGGAUAAAGUUCGUCAGUUCAUGAUUUUCACACAAUCCAAUGAGAAAACCGCACUGACCUGUCUGUCACAGAAUGACUGGAAACUAGAUGUUGCCACUGACAAGUUUUUCCAAAAUCCAGAGCUCUAUGUUUCAAAUCUAAAGGGGGCCUUAGACAAGAAGAAGCUUGAUCAGCUGUACAACAGAUAUAGAGAUCCUCAUGAUGACAACAAGAUCGGCAUUGAUGGCAUCCAGCAGUUCUGUGACGACCUGGCUCUGGACCCAGCCAGUAUAAGUGUACUUCUCAUAGCCUGGAAGUUCAGGGCAGCAACACAGUGCGAGUUUUCAAAACAGGAGUUCAUGGAUGGCAUGAUAGAACAGGGGUGUGACAGCGUAGAGAAGCUAAAAGCUCAGCUGCCAAAGAUGGAGCAAGACUUAAAGGACCAAGGGAAAUUUAAGGACUUUUACCAGUUUACAUUUAAUUUUGCAAAGAAUCCUGGCCAGAAAGGUUUGGAUUUAGAAAUGGCAAUUGCAUAUUGGAAUUUAGUACUGGCUGGAAGAUUCAAGUUCCUGGACUUGUGGAACAGUUUUUUAGUUGAGCACCACAAAAGAUCAAUUCCUAAGGACACUUGGAACCUCUUACUAGACUUCAGCACAAUGAUCACAGAUGACAUGUCGAAUUAUGAUGAGGAAGGUGCAUGGCCUGUCCUUAUUGAUGACUUUGUGGAGUUUGCACGACCACACAUCGGGACCAAAAGCACGGCAGUUUAAAGGCUGCUCUCACUAAAGGAACAUCGAUGUGAGGUUUCCAACAGAGCGCAGUGAACGGAGGACAAGGGGGCCGCACUGAGCUGAGAACUAUGUUGCCUUUUCAACCCUCAGGACUGAAAUAUUUUACACAGCAGAGACUUUAUAUAUGUGUGUGUGUAUUUACAUAUAUAAAAAAGGCAUAUCUCUUUGUUGGUCAACUUGUGGUGGUCUGGAACUUUUAUCUAAAGUAUUGGCUUUUGUGUGCGCUCAAGCCAACUAGAGAGGAGUCUCCUCCUCUCAAAAGCAGGUAAUGUUAGAUAGACACACUUUUGAAUUGUAAUCUAAACAAGAGGGUUCAUGAGGGGAUGUUGUUCUUUAAAUAUUGAAUUUUAAUACUUGUGUGCAUUCCUGAUUUUGUUUUUGUUUUGAUACAUUUGUGCGAUAAGUCAGUAUAAAACAUUGAUUGUAAUUUUUUAAGCAUAAUGCUGUUUGUUUAAACACAAAUGUAUAAAGAUAAAAUAAAUGUUUCAAUUUGGUAUCUUUAAAACUAA